GAGAAAAGGCAGAGCAGAGGAGGCAGCCCCGUGAACCCGUGGCGAUGCCUCUGGGUAGGCACGUCGCGACUCCCGAUGCCGAAACAUCCUCGACCAUGUCGGGUGCCGGUAACGGGCCACCAGUUUCCACGUUCUCGUUCGUACAACGGCCGUCCUCAUCCUGGUCACCUGGCCCGACCUCGUUACUGCUGCUCGCCGGACCAACUCGAUUAAUAAUCGUUUAAUCGGUCCUCGUACCUUCUCUCCAGCCGACUAGAGACACGCUCGUUCGCGCCGCAUCCGCCUCGACGCUGCCGCCGCAUCCUCGGACAUCCGUGGCCGAGGGAAUACAUAUAUAUUUAGAGAGGCAGACUACUGUGGAGGGGGGACUGUGAAUCUGGAGCACGAACAGGUGGUGCAACAUCAGUCGAGAACUGGAGAGGAUAGAUAUAUCGGGGGAAGAAGUAACAGAACCGUGGUGGGACGCGUUGUUGAAGAGGCUCAAGAAAUUGGAGUUCCUAAGAUACUUAUACCACGAUAAACGUCCGUGCGCAACAUCACGACAGCACGGUGCUAUUUUCUACGUCAUCGCACCCUAUACAAGGUAUUCUGGACAAUCAAUAUUUAUCGCGUGGAUCGUCGAAAAGAAGCUUCGCCAACGACCUGUGAUCAUGCUCAGCCCAAAGAUGCAAAGAACUGUGAGGGUGAACGACUCGCAGCUCAUCAUGCUCUCGGAAAAAGCUCAUUACGAUCACUCGUUCACUGGAUAUUUGCACAAACGAACCGCCGACUCGGCCAAGUGGCAAUUACGAUGGUUCGUUUUAUAUCAGAAUUUGCUGUUCUACUAUGAAAAUGAAAGCUGUUCGAGACCCAGCGGUGUUGUUUUGUUGGAGGGUUGCUACUGCGAUCGCCUCAUCACCGCCAAAGGCAAAGAGCCAGAUAAACAGCACUGUUUCGCGAUAUCCUAUAGAAGGGAGAAUCAACGAUCAUACGAGCUAAAAGCGGCUACAGAGUCAGACUGCAAAACGUGGAUCGAAGCUAUACGAGAAGCUAGUUUCAACAGAUUGCUGUUGCAAAAGGAGGAGCUCGAGCAGAAGCAUUUGCACCUGUUGCAGAUUGUCGAGUCCGAGAAGACGGCCAAGUGGCAGUACACACAGCAAUGCGAGGAGCUCGCAUCAGAAAUAAAGAAGCUCCGAGGAGAACUGUGCACCCUGAAGAAAGAGUUAAGGCCUGUAGCUUCGUCGUAUACAGGAAGACCGGGAGUUCAAAGGACCAUGUCCCAAGGCACUGGCAGUUUAUACAUAUCGGGAUCCACUUUUGGAUACGAGGCACAUGGUUCGGGAAUUUCAGCGUUUGGAUUACGAGAUAUCAGCGAAGGCUCGAUCGAGAUGCAGAAAAUUAAAAAGGUUCAAAGCUUCUUCAGGGGUUGGCUGUGCCGCAGGCGUUGGAAGCAGAUCGUCGAGCAGUACAUUAAAAGCCCUCAUGCUGAGAGCAUGCGUAAGCGGAACAGCUUAGUGUUUCAAAUGGUGGAAGCCGAAGAAGAAUAUACGGAACAGAUGGAGAUAUUAGUAAGCUGUUUCUUGAGGCCUUUUAAGAUGGCUGCCAGUUCAAAGAAACCCCCUUGUAGUCACGAGGAUGUGAAUAGCAUAUUUUUGAAUAGCGAAACAGUGUUGUUCCUUCAUCAGAUCUUCCUGAAGGGUCUCACUUCUCGUAUGGAGAGCUGGCCCACUUUAGUUUUAGGCGAUUUGUUCGACAUGUUACUACCAAUGUUGUCAAUUUAUCAAGAAUACGUCAGGAACCACCAUUACAGUCUUCAAGUGUUGACUGAAUGCAAGCAAUCAUCACCUUCGUUCGCUGCAUUGCUCACUAGAUUGGAGAACAAGACUGCUUGCGGAGGACGUUCACUGGAGACCUUUUUAACGUAUCCUAUGCAUCAGAUUCCAAGAUACAUUAUUACGCUGCACGAAUUAUUGGCCCACACUCCUUACGAUCACGUUGAACGAAAAAGUUUACAAAAUGCGAGGCAACAAUUGGAAUAUUUAUCGAGACAAAUGCACGACGAGGUCAGUGAAACAGAAAAUUUACGGAAAAACUUGGCCGUAGAACGAAUGAUCGUAGAGGGCUGCGAUAUUUUACUCGACGUGAAUCAAGUGUUCGUCAGACAGGGUACGCUCAUCCAAAUCUUAGAUAAACCAAAAGGAGCUCGAAGUAGAUUGAGCGCGACGUUUGGAGGCAAAGGUGGUGGCGAUAAGGAAGCAGUCAGACAGUGCUUUCUCUUUUCCAAUCAUUUGUUACUAACGACGCGUCAAUCGGACGACGAUGGUCGUUUGAAUCUUGUCCCACAAAUAGGAAAAAUACCUCUUUCCGAUGCGGUGUUAGUGGAGGAUCCUAACGAACAGAGUACCGCAGAUGACGAUGCUUCUUCGACUUUGGGCCUGCGGCGACAUUCCAAGCAGUGGAUGAUCUGUCUUUUGCAAAACGGCAUCAGCGAGAGCAGCGGAAGUGGUAGCGGAAGUGCCAGUAGCCAACUGCAGAACCGUGACUUCAAAAUCAUACUCGACUUAAAAUCUGGCGGAUCUCAAGUUACCGUACACCUCGUAGCUCCUACUAUUCAGGAGAAAGCUGCUUGGAUAAGCGAUAUCAGCCAGUGUAUGGACAACGUUCAGUUCAACGAUUUAGUUCGAGGCUCGUUGUCGGACACUAGUUCCGUCACGAUGCCUCAAUCCAUCAGGAACGACCCGAAACUGUUCAAGGAUGACGUAGAUAUCAGAUUCAGUAGGACCUUAAAUUCCUGCAAGGUGCCGCAAAUCCGAUCAGCCACUCCUGAACGACUACUUCAACGUCUGACGGAUCUCAGAUUUCUCAGUAUAGAUUUUCUCAAUACGUUUUUGUUAACGUAUCGAGUAUUCACCAGUGGCGUUACUGUACUGGAAGCUCUGAAGAAAGUGUUUUACGAGGCUGAGCCACCCGAUGCCGAGAUGCCUACUGGUUCUCUGGUAUCCUUAGACGUAUUGGGCGGAAACACAGCGGACUCGCAAUUGCACGUGGACGAUAGAAGACGAAGCAGCGUUUCACCACGAAGAACCAGCGGGGCUAGUUCAGUUUCUGGAUACGGAUCGGAAAUAAGCGACAGCCGUGAAGCGAAGAGUCACGGUUCCUGUGACUCUAGCAGCGGCGGAUACACGCUCAAUUCAAAGGGAUAUUGGCGCAGUGGCGGAUAUAAAAAGGUGGACGAGGAGCAGCAACUAGGUUUGAUUUCGGAAGCUCCUUCAAUUAUAAAACGAAGUCCUACUAUACAAUCGUCCACUGCGUCCAUUGGUUCUCAAUCUCCUGCAACACCACGAAAAAUCAGCAUUCGCGUGGACAAAGAAAAGAAAGAAGAAGACGAUGGCUGUCAUUUAACGAUACCAAAGGUCAUUGGUGUUUCGUCCAGCUCUGAGACACUCACGGAUAAUACGGUAAUAAGCGCACCGUCCUCUCCUAGCAAUCUGAGUUCUGUUACGUUGGUUGGGUCAACUGGUUCAGGGUCAGGAUCAGGAUCGGAUCGAAGUCCACAGGAUGGGGUUACUUAUUCGCGUGGCGUCUCCGAAGAAACCGAUACACCUGUAGCAACGGAUCCGCCAAAAGGGGAGGAACAGUUUAUCUACGAGGAUGCCGAGUCUGAAACAUCGAAACAAGCGAAAGAGGAGACACCGACGAAAACUCCUACAACGCCAAAGGCGACAGCCAUCGAAACAACCGAGAACGAAGCAAGCAAACACGAGAAAGAGAAACAGCCCGCGAAAGAAAGUGAAAGCAGCAGUCCAUCGGCUCAGCCGCCGUCUCCUCAACAAAAUCAGCUGAAUCAACAGAGGCAACAUCUACAUCAUAACGAACAUAGAGCAUCCAUCGCCUCUGCUCCUGCGGCUACCGCGCGAAGUAGCUCGAUUUCUACGAUAACUGGAAAUUAUUGGAUGAGCAGGCGAUCGAUUCAAGAAAUCGAAAUGUCUUCCCAACAAGGCAACUUCCAACAUGACCAGGUUUCCAGCAAAGCUGGAGUAGUGAUUACCAGCUUUCGGCAGAGUCAUCGAAGCGUUGGACCUGUACCUAUCUGGAGUAGUACCUCGACGGCUGCAACUGCAUUCGCAAUUGCAACAUCUGCGUCGAGCAACCCCCCGGACAAAGGCAUUGAUGGAAAUAAUCGCAGUGGUUCUUGUCGAGACAAAAACAGGCGCAAGGAGUCGGUCAUGUCAACUGCAGCCACGAUGCGAGUGUUAAACGUUUUGAGGCAUUGGGUCUCGAAACACGCUCAAGACUUCGAGUCUGAUCAGACGUUGAAAAAUCUGACGAUCGAGUUUCUCGAGGAUAUCAUGUACUGCUCGAAUCUUCUUCCGGCUGAACACAAAGCCGCGAGCCAACUUCUUCGAUUGAUCACGAAAGAAGAGCCAGAGAGCAACAAAGUGGAUCUGAAGAAACUGUUGGCAUCUCCCACUGUGCAAACGAAAGAAAGCAUCGAGACGCUAUCGGCGCUUGAAAUCGCAGAGCAAAUGACGUACUUGGAUCACAAGAUCUUCGUGUCUAUUUCAAGCGAGGAAUUUCUUGGACAAGCGUGGAUGAAAACUGACAAGGCUACACGCGCACCGCACAUUCUCUUGAUGACGAAGAGAUUCAACGAAGUGUCGCAGUUGGUGGUCUCCGAGAUUAUCCGACGUUCGAACAUGUCAGCGAGAGUUGCAGCGAUCGAGAAAUGGGCCGCAGUCGCGGAUAUCAGCAGGGUUUUGCACAAUUACAACGGUGUGCUGCAGAUUUGCGCAGCUUUUACAAACAGCAGCGUCUUCAGAUUGAAAAAGACUUGGGAAAAAGUUUCGAAAACGACGAAGCAAACGAUCGAGAGACUACAGAAUAUCGUGUCUUCGGACGGUCGCUUUAGAAACCUACGGGACGCUUUGCAUCGAUGCGAUCCACCUUGCAUUCCUUAUUUAGGAUUAUAUCUGACCGAUCUUUCUUUCAUAGAAGAGGGUACACCAACUAUGACCGAAGAUGGCCUUUUAAACUUUUCCAAAAUGAGAAUGAUUGCCCACGUGAUUCGAGAGAUACGACAUUUCCAGCAGACACCCUACAAGAUCGAACUGAUAACGAAAGUUACGAAUUAUCUGCUGGACCCGUCGUUGAUGCUAAACGAGAAGGAUCUAUAUCGCAUGUCCUUGGAGAUCGAGCCAAGAACAUCCAGGCUAAGUAGUUCAACCUUAAUUAAUCUGCCACCUUCUGUGAGCCAUACAUCCACAAAGUAAUCUUAAGUAUCAAGCCACUUCAAUUAUCGAUACGUAAUUAUCCUUGUCUUAUCCUCGGGCUAUUUUCUAGAUAAUACGGAAAACAUUAAAAGAGAGAGAGAGAAAAAAAAAGGAAAGAAAUACUCACACCGAGCGUUGAAUCUCAAUUGCUCAAUUGUGAUUAUGAGAAGCGUUUGCGGGUUUAAAUGUGCACUCAACUCGUUGACUCUGUACGAAUCGUACGAGUAGCAUUCUCGUUUUUUAUCACGAGAAAAGGACGAAAUAAAUGUCUAGGCGAAGUUAUAAUCCAAAGCCUAACCGGCGAGCGUAUCCUGAUAUUCCCCAAGUUUCUUCGAAAGUAGAUGUCCAAUAUUUCUUGCAAAUAGUACGAACGGCGUCGGUUUAUGUCGGACACGAGCCAAUGUGUUUUCAACCCCGUCCAUUUCUGUCCAGUCUCGCUCGUCGUCACAGUCGCAGUAACGUCCGUUUUCCCUAUAUUUCCACUCGUGAAUUUCAAUGUGUGUUUACGUGGAAUCCGAGAAAAGCGAUGUUCGUUGCUACUUGAGGGAGGAAAAUUUCUGAAUAUAUCGAUCGCGCUGUGCCAUCUUCGCGUACGAUGCGCGAUCGAAAUUUUCAACAUUUUUGUUAGAACGCUGGAUCGUUCCGGUCACAGGUACACGCGGAGGAAAAGUUUAUAGUUUGUACGAACGUUACCAGCAUAUUUCUAUUUUAUUUAGUAAACCGUGUCGAUCACUGUCGUCGACAUGUACGAGACGUACGAUUCGGUCGAGAGACGACGUUAAAGUGAUGGACGAUACCGGUGACAUCGUUUAUUUCGACGGAAUGUAGACUAGCUGACGAAACCGGAGAGAUUUCGAUCGUUGAUUUUUAGUUAAAGUCGCUGAAUCGAGCAGUAUUAAUCCCUGAGACGGGCCAGUGCAAACGAAUAUUAAUAUUAAAAAUGCUAGCGACGGAGAUUAGCAGCAAAGAUCGAAGAUUGUAUUUGACAAUCAGUAGAGUAAUGAUAUAAUGCCUUCGAUCGGCUCCUAAUCCUAAUCUAACUUUUACUCCCUUUUUCCAAACUUCCCUAUUCUUAUCGUUUCUUAAUGUCGUUACAACAAUGUCGUAGAGAUAUAUAGUAUGUGCUUAAUUUUACAUCUUUUUAUUUCUUUCUCCGAUAGUACCAUGUUUUAUAAGAAAAUUUGCCGAGGAGUUUCGUUAGGAGAGCGGGACCUAUCAUAAUUUCCAUCGUAUCGAUAUUUUUCUCCAUCGAAAGAUCGAUCGAUAACAGUGCAAAGUGUGAUUUCUAUUUCGUGUAUUUUUAACACAUUUGUCGUGUAAAGUCUACUCGCAUAUUGAGAACGCGCAUAUCAUUAAAGAUGUAUCUAAAUGUAAUCCAAAAAUAUUUAUUCCGCCAUACUUGACGACACUUUUAGCGUGACUAUUCGAUGAUCGUAUCGUUAAAGUCGUCGUAACGAAUACGAGGAAAAUUAAUAUCCGUGUCAUCUCGCUGAAACAAACGGGUUAUUCAUUAAACUGGAUAGUUUACGCUUUGUUACGUUAUAUUGUAUACUUGGUCUUGCUUUAUUUAUUAUAAUUAAUCAAGAACAGAGGUGCUCGUGUUACGAAAAUUACUACGUUAUUAAAGAAUCGAAGAAGAAUGAAAAAGAUUUAUAACCAUCGAUUUAAAUGUCCGAACGCGGUAACGAAUUCAAUGACAAAGUGCUUAUCAGAUUGAGAUAUAUAAUACGUGCAAAAUAAUAGAAUAAAGGAAGAUGUUCUUUACGCAAGAAUCAUUAGCCAAAAAUAUACAUAGAAUAAUAUUCUCUGUCUCUUCUUCAUAUACUCUUUUUCGCCUUUUAAAAAGAAACUAUGUUAGUGAUAAGCUUCGGUAAUCAGCUGCAUCCUUCGUAAUCCUUUUUUUAUCCAAUUGUCAAAAGGACAUUCCACGGAUAAUCUUCGUUAUACUUUCCUCGAUGUAAGAUUCCACUUUAUAGUUUAUAGUCACGUGGAUCUCGGUAUUGGCUAUGCUUUGUAUUCGAAACGUUUCGGUUGUUUUUAGGUGUAUCGCAUAUCGUUUUGCGAAUUUCUAUUUACCUCUCUUUUAUCUAGAUACGAUAUUAUACUAAUUCUAGUCAGUCUGUACACCGAGAAUGAGAAAAAAGGAACAUGACGUAUGGGCUACGUGAAACAUAUUCUCCAGCUAGCACGUUCCCCGCACAAGUUUCACGCGAGUAAAACGAUCAACGGGAUAUUAUAGCGAGCCACUUUUCCAUAACAAUUGUAAAUCCUGAACUAGUCGUGUUUUUUUUCUGUUGAUCGUAGCUUGUUUGAUUGUAAAUUUACAUUGUAUAAAUAUCUGUGAUGGAAAAAAAUAAUAGUUAUUGUAAAUACGAAGCGUAUCGCUCAUAAAUGUUGUUGAAAGUCAAAUGGACUAUAACCUGCGUGAUUAACGUAAACCAUGCGUAAAAUUUUAACACCGAUGUUUUCGUCAACGUCGAAUACACUCGUAAAACAAAACUAUCGAUUCCAAGGGAUUAUACGAGGACAAAUGUAUUCGUCUGUGACAAAAUUCAAAAUGAAAUAUCAUGGUGAAGUACACAAAUGCAAUUCUCCAUUCUUUUCUUCUUCGGAUGUUUCGCGCAAAGGAAACGUAUAUUCGAUUAAUUUUCUAUUCGAUUACUCGCUAUACAAUAACCGUAUGCCAUUUAAUUCGAUAGGUUUAUAUAGGUCGUUUCAUGAAAAUCUCACGUGUUGCUGUUUCUCAAAUCGAUUACUUUUUGUCGUAUCUGUUAACACCGAUCGGGUUAAAAACGAUCGAAUUUGUGUACUUUCAUCGAAAGUCAUUUCUUCCUGGAGUUUCUAUAUUUUAAACGUCAAAUACUCUUACGGGUCAGGAAUAGAGUACCUGAAUACAAAGCCCCGAUCUCGUUAUUAAUUUUAUUAAUAACAAUGUAUCGUCGCUCUUAAAAGGAAACAUACGAAUUACCUUAAAAAUCUGUGUUCACGUGUAACUUUCUUUAGCAAAGGCUUCUGUAAAAACAGAAUUAUAUUUAAACAGAUUCCGGAUGGAAUAUAAAAAAACGUCGAAGCAAACAUACUUGUACAAAUUGAUACAUACUUGGAUAAUUUUGCGGAGCAUGUCAUUCUCGUAAUCAAAAUGUUAUCGAUUCUCUUUUGCGUUGCAGGAGAUUUCGUAUCUUACGUUCCAAGAUACAUCUCGUUAAAAGUAUCAGCUUUAUUUUAACAUAAUUUUAACACGAUUCAUACAUAUCUCGAAUCACCGAAAGAUCACGAGAAACGAAAAAAAGAUCUUUUACUUUCGCCCAUCUUUAUCGAUAUCAAUCCACGGAAGACAAUCCACGGAAUUUCCAAAAAUGUAUCGUUGUUGAUCGAUCGAGACCAGUAAAAAAUAUGUGCCAAUUUCUUUUCCAGACACGAUAAACCGUUAGAAAGCUGAUCCUACGAUCGAUUCAUAGCGAAGCUCGUGUAACGUUGUAGAAAGAUAUUCUCUACUAAAGUUACUUAUUCAUAGUCUGCCAAUGAUUUAUCAUUUAUCGUAUUUAUAAUUAAAUUCCUUCGCUUGUACAUUAUCCUACAUACGCUUUUUCUAAACGUAGAGCUAUAUUUUCUUUCCACGGACUUGUCGAGUAAUUCCAGGUAUUUUGAGACGAAUAUAUAUUCAAUUUUCGAGUAAUGUUGCGCACAAAUUUGCACGCUCAGUCACGGAGCGCGUUUCAUUUGCAGCUUUGCAUAAAUUAUUUGAAAGACUAAUGUCGAGUUCACUGGUGUUUUUCUGUAUACACAGGCGCGCGCGCGCGCGCGUGCACACACACACGCACACACACACACGCGCGAAUACAUAAUAUUAAAUGACAAUUUAGACAGAACUAGGUAACUAUUACUGUUAUUGAUAAAUGCAGAUGUAAAUGGAUUAUUAUCUAUAUGACAAACGUUAUAGAAAUGUAAAAUUAAACGACGUUUCCCUCUAAACAUCAAAGCAAACGAUGUCUAUAGAUUCUAUAAAUUGUUAUGCCACUGUGUCGUGUGAAUAAUGUCGCAUAAGAUCUUCUCGAUAACGGGCACUUCUAAGAUUAUUAGUAAACCUUAGAUUAGUACGAUUCUUUAAUCAGAUAAAAAGAACGUGACAGGAAAUGUCAAUCUCGUACCUAUAAUCAGAACAUAGAUGUAAAAGGAAUAAGAGGUGACGGGGAUUUAAAAAUAUUUGAUGAGAAAACGAGGUGAGCUUUGACGAAUCCAAUCUUUAUAAAAUUCUUGAUUAUAUUAAUUUAUUUAACGUCAAUCACUCGAUACCUUAAACGGUCGACAUUUAAUCACUCGAUAAAUACAGCUUUUCUUUUUUUUUUUUUACUUUGAGACUCGUUCGAAAACGUUAAAAGUUCGCUUAAAAAAAGAAUUGUAAAAGUCUCACCAAUGGAAUGGAACGUUGAACGUUUCGACUUAAGGAUAAUGUUCAUAAUGGGAAAGUAGAUGACCUAGAACGAAAGUAUCGUGGAAUAGUUUUGUUACUAUGUAACACAGGACACUCGUAAGGAUUACAUUAUUCGACCGAACGAAUUUCCGAUGGCUCGCUGCCGUACAAAACUUUCACAAUCAGAGAGAUAAUCAAAACAAAUCCGAAUACGUACUCUGUAGCGUAAUGAAAGAACUCUUAAACACGUAUGUACGUGUACGUACAUGCGUGUAGAUGUAUACGUGUAAAGUGUCCGAUUCUAUUCAACAUUAUUUAAUUUAACGUUCCUUUAAAAACGCUAGAUCUUGUAACAAUAAGCGUGUCUGACAACAAAAUGAUUUCACAUGAUUUAUAUUUAUAUUACGUACGUUGUAAUUAUAUGUACUUAGUUAACGUUAUGUUUCAUUUGAAUUUAUUUAUCGCAAUUACGUACUUCAUCUUAAUCUUUAAUUGUAUUAUAUCGAAAUAAAGCAAUCAAAUAUUUUCAACGUAUUUUGCGUUAUAAAUGUUUAAUUGUUUAUUCUGUAUAUCACAGACGUUGUUUUAGUUAUUCGUAAAGAUAAAUUUAAUACGUCUGAAAUUUUCGUCUAUGGAUAGUAAAAGGAAACGAUCGAAAGCAAAAUUUAAUCAAUUCUUUCGCAAAGUAAAAUAUAACUUCGGAAGAGCAAUCGAUAAAUUUGUAUAUUCGUACUUGAUGCAAGGUUUGUAUUAUCGUAAUUAUAAUUUUUCAGUUAUGUAUGUCGACAAAUCAAUAAAUUAGCGAUGGAAAGUAAGCUUCUUUUAUUUUCGUUUUAUUUGUGAAUUUAUUUAUGAAAAUCCGCGCGCUAAUCGUAAGAAGUUCGAAUUUAUUCGAUUCACCUAACAAUAUCGAUCUAAUAAGAAGCCUAAAACUAAUCGAGCUAAAUUAUCAAAUAUUUCACGUAGUUACUAUUUACGUAGAAACGUUGAAAACGAACGCAGGCAAGUGCUCGAUCUAUGGGAAGGUACAUGGGAAACGUACAUCAACAUAAGCAUCGUAUACUUUACGGAACAUGGAAAGCCUGAAAUCCGUGCAACACACGAUUUUCUUUUAAUGUUUUGAAUCACCAUAACUCGAGAAUAUUUCAUCGGUAUGAUACUCCAACUUAGAUCGUUGAAUUUUUAGCGAUCCGCGCUGUACUUUUUUAUGAAAAUGGAAACAGCCGUGUUCCAGUUAAAGAUGCCAGUUAAAUUCACGAAACGAGUAUACAAAGUCUUUGAAGCGCGUUAUACAUAUUCGUUGUAAAACCUAAGAAUCUUUAAAGGACGAGUUUCGUUCGUUAAAAAGAAGCUUAGAUUUUCAAAACGAUGUAUAACGGUUAGUGUCGUUCCCAAAAUUUUCAGCAACGCAACGGUGAAGAUGAACAACUGUUAAAAAUUAGAAUUUACUUGUGGACGGUGAUGAGAUUGGAAAUUUCGAGCAGCUAUCUCGAUUAGAAACUCGAUACGUUAUCUAUUUAAGAUUACGUUUAAGACGUUCGAAAAUAUCUAUAAAUUAUAAUUGCGCGUGGAUGCGUGUGCACAUGAGAUACGAACGAAUGAAUUUGCGUGAUAAUUGUACAUUCGUAGCGUGCGACCACGUUCCUUUAACAUAGUUAAACUUAAGCGGAAUAUUAUCGAUCACAAAUCAUCAGCUGGUUGUGAGUAAAUGUUAAUUAUAUAUCCACCGUUGACGUGGACAUUUAGAUGUACGAUGUCAGCAAUUAGACCGAGUAGUUUACACCGAUGCAAGAAUUACGAUGCGUUAACCGAUUGUCAGAGGAAAUCCUUAAAUUAUAACAAAGCACGAAAUCGAUACAAUCGCAAUGAGUAUGAUCGAGGGCACCUUUUGUUAUCCUAACUUAAAGUUAUAGCCGUAAGAGCUUUUUUACUUUACCGUGAAUAACUGGGUUCUAACUUUAUCCUCUUCUUUAAAUUACACGCUCAAAGUUAUAUGCGGUAUUUCAUUUAAAUUAUGACAUUUUACGAGGAGAAAUAACAACCUCUUAUUAAUCGUUAUACUUAAAGAAACGUAAUUGUUCCAAAUUUUUGAAUUUGUUGCCAUCGAGAUAUACGUUUACCGUAACUUUAAGAUCAAAAUGCCCGCUUGAUAUAUCUUAACGUUGCUUCGAUUAAGAAACGAUUAUCGUAAAUAUAAAUUAUAAUCGGAAUUUCUUCCAAUGAUAUCGCAUAAAACUGGAUUGCAUAUCAUUUUGAUAAUUAUCACGGAUCAAUAAUUUUCCUAACGGACAAACGUUAGGCAUCGUGCGCCAAAUGAUACAAUGUAAUAACUAACUUCUGCAUUAACUUUAUCGCAACGUUCAAUGUAAAUAUCGUAGAAUUACUAUUGAGAUUGUGAAAAGUGGCUUGCAGGAUUGAGUCAAAGAACAUGCAAGAGAGACGAUACGUAUGUUCUGUAGCGUGUAAUUGCGAUCUCACUCGUUAUAACACUGUAUGUCAUCUUUGAUUCAAUCGAGUACUUCGAUGUCACAUAUGUUUUUAUAAACUGGUGAGAAGCAAAUACGACGAAGAAAAGAGUUUCCUUGUUGAAGAAUAAUUAAGAAAGAAGGCCAACGUCUAUUCAAAUAUCAAUUUGAAUGCUAUACAUUAAUCGUUAAUGCUGUCUAUUAUCUAUCAAACAUUUUAUAUCUUUUCUCUCUCGAUCUGUAUACAUUAAAUAGAAAAUAUUCUUCUGUAA